GAGGUCUUGGAGGAACGACUUAUCAGGGAGAAGAACAUGGUGAUGCCUACGAAGGUGUUGAUAUUACUCUUGAUACCGUAUGUAAGAGAGAACCAACUAUCCACAAACUACUUAAAUGUCUACUUGAGAGACGUAUUAUUCUAGUUCGAUCACCACCAAUGGCUGGCAAAACAGCACUUGCGCAACUACUUGAGCAUAGCCUGCUCCAAUCAGACGAAGUAAAAAAAGGAUUGAAACGUGUUUUUCGCAUUUCAUUGUUAUGGAUGGAAAGAAGGAAUGAAUCAUGGACAUUUGAAGAAAGAUUUAAAGGGCUUAUGAAUGUGACCUGGGAUGAAUUUCUCGAUAAAUGUGGUGUUACUACAACAUUUUUAAUAAUUGAUGAGGUGCAAAAGAUUUAUAAGCCAGAAAAUGAAGCCGAAUCUCGUCAUGGUGGAAAUGUAUUUUGGGAUUCGUUUAAAUAUAUACUACAAUCUUCGAGGCUUUAUAUUGUAGCAUUUGCUUCAUAUGGGCAUUAUGGUGCUUACAUUGCUCGUGGAGAUCAUGCAAUUAUGGAUAUUUCACCAUGCUCUCUUCAAAAAAGUAACACGUGGGGAUUUGAAGACGUUUGUUUUACCAGAGAAGAAUUUAAUAGUUACUUUAAUUACUUCUGUAAGAAAAAUCUUCAAAUGUUGAAAAAAGAAGACAUUCCGCUUCUUUCUUGUUAUGUUUCUGAAAUAACAGCUUUCCAUCCCGGUUUAGUUGCUUUUACCAUGAACCAAAUUCAUAUGAGAUUUGUCAAACACACUUUUGAGCAUUUGACGUUUGCAAAAGUUUUUGCUUAUCUCAAAUCUCGUGAUUUUAAUGAUCAUUUUAAGGAUAUUCGUGCAAUGCCAAAAAUUACAGAUAUGUUAGAUGAAGAAAAGAGAAUUGCCGAUACUGUACUCUUCAAGAAAGGAGGUCUUGAAAUUCUAACCAAUGAAAUUCCGCUUAAGAGUCGAAUCUUUAAGACAAAUAUUCUUGUUGAUACUGGAAUGACAAAAGCAGGCUAUUCAACCAUUAACUUUCCAGCACCAUUGCUUCGAGCAACAUAUCUUCAAAAUCGGUUUGGUUCAGGGACACGGUCUAAAUCACCACCUAAUUCAUUCAAGGAUUUCAUCAUUUCGGUGUUCGCAAAAAUGAGCUCUAAGGUGUUACAAAAAAGCUUGGGAGUAGGAAAUGAUUGUUGUCUUCUUGAACGCGUAUGGCAAAUGGAGUUCUAUCGUGCAUCAAUGCAAGUUCUUCCUGUGGAUAUUUAUGCUUCUGUAGAUGUUGGAGCAGUAUUUGGAUCAGUGGGCUACUUGGAUUUUUAUAUAAAUGAUCAGCGUAACUGGGCCAUUGAACUAUUGCGAGAUGGAGACAAAUUGCAAAAACAUCAACAAAGAUUUCAAAAAGAUGGUCGAUAUGCCUCUAUUCUUAAAUAUACAAAGGAGUGGGCAAUUAUUGAUAUUCGGAAUAGUAAGAAAGGACCUCCAGAAAAAAAGGAAAAAGAUGUUAUUUAUGCUCUUUGUGCUGAAAACUUUGAAUCUGUUCAGUUGAUGUAUCCUGAUGGAAGUAACGGUCGUGUUCAAUUGCUAGGUGAAGAAGAAAAUUUACUUGGGUAUGAUAUAUUGGAAUUUUUAGAUGAUCCUACCUAG